AUGGAGCCAGUUUCAGCAACCAAAUGUGGCACAACCAUCGGCGUUGUGUCAUUCUUUGGGACCAUCACAACAAACCACUGGAGUAGUCCCAAGGUAUCAGCCUCCUUCCCUCUUUCUUCAGUCAGUCAAGAACAGGAAAUGCAAAAAGCUCUUCAUGAAGACAACCAAGAUCCCAUUAGGAGAGAUUCUUUUAGUCAGCAACCAUUUCUGGCUCCACUGGUACACCCAGAAUUAGAAACAUCUACGGGGUCUCCAACAGACCAAAAAGGUACCCAGCAGGGAUCUCUAGGGAACAGCAAUGAGCCGAGCUCAAGAUCACAGCAGCUUCCAUCGGUUACCUCUUCCAAUCUUGGUGGCACCUCCAGUAAAGGCACUAAGAAAGCUCACAACAGCCUUUUACCAAAGCAAGUCUUCCCGUGGAUGAAGGAAACAAGACACAGCUCCAAGCAGAACAACAGCCUUUCUUCAUCAGACCCCAGGAGCUCUUCACCAAGCCUCCCCUCUUCCAAGCGGGUCCGCACAGCCUACACUCAUACCCAGCUAGUGGAGCUAGAGAAAGAGUUCCACUUCAAUAGGUACCUCUGCCGGCCACGCAGAUUGGAAAUGGCCCGGCUUCUUAGGCUCUCUGAGAGGCAAAUCAAGAUCUGGUUCCAGAACAGGAGGAUGAAGUUCAAGAAAGAUAGCCGGGCCAAGGGAGCCCUGAGGAAAUCCCCAAGCAGAAGCCCUCCAGUGAGUGACUAUUACAGUCAGAUGGAGGCAGAGUAUGAGAUGGCUGCUCCAAGCUCCUGUGGCAAAGGCCAGAGAGAGAUGUACAGUUCGGCAGCUUACCCAGACCCCCUCUUUGACAGCCCCUUAACGUCUGAAUACGGGCCCCUCUCUUUGCAAGGAGACGACCAUCAUUACGGACCUCCAGUUCUGCCAGGGAGCCCGAAUGAGAUGGGAGAAAAUUACCUGGGAAAUAUGCCUGAGGCUGACUCACUCUUCAGCUUCCCUGACUGCUCCACCGCAAACCUGGACUACAGCUGUGCUGCUGAAAUCCCCGGCCAGCACCAGCUCGGGCCUUCCAACUCCCUUCCCAUUUACACAGACUUAACCACACAUCCUGUGCCUCAGGGAGAUUCUCAGGGACCUGUGAAUCUUAUGCAUCUGUGAGGGGCUGCCUGCCAUGGAAACCAAGCAGGGGAAAUUGCUACAGUCCUAUUAUCUCAUUAAAAAACAUACCUCUAAGUGCAACCAAGAGUAUUUCUCCCUCCCUCCCCUUUCUGCCCACCCAUUACCUCCUAUUUAUUUAACUGUACUGAACAUUCAGCAGGGCGGGGGGGGA